AAUUGACUUAAACCGCCAUACGACAAAUAAAAGCAACAAAAUGCAUACCGUGGAGCAUAUGCUGGUAGAAAAGAACUACAGCAAAUGUCCUUUGAAGAAGCGCCCGGUGAACUAUCAUUUCGAGGCGCCACACAGCAAUAACAACAACACCAUCGGUACUGAGACUAAUGAGCCCGAGGAUUUGUGUCUGAAAAAAUCGUUGAACAAUGAAGCAAAAUCCGCGCCAGUGCCCAGCUCUGAAGUGGCCGUUUCCUCCGAGGAGAUGAUCAAUGUGAGUGAUUGCUGCGAGGAUGAGGGCGUCGACGUCGAUCACACAGACGACGAGGACGCUCUUAUGGAGGAUGACGAGGACGAUGAUGUAACUGUCGAUUGUGUGGACAUCGAGUCCUCCGAGCCGGGCCAAAGCAAUCAGACACAGGCAGCUGCCUUGGCAGCCGCUGCUGCGGUGGCUGCUGCUUCGGCGGCCGCAGCCACAGCUGUGGUUGUGCCCACUCCCACAUAUCCUAAGUACGGCCUGCAGCCCUGGAACUUCCACAUGUCGCCCUACACUGCUGAAUUCUAUCGCACCCUCAAUAAUCCGCACUUGGCCGCCGUGGCCGCGCAACAACAACAGAUCUCGCCACUGCGCGGUGAGCUGCUCUCGCCCAGCUCUCCCUCGGACUCGCUGGGAUCGAUGUCGCCGCCACCACAUCAUUAUAUGCACGGACGUGCCAGUUCAGUGUCGCCGCCGAUGCGCUCGGAGAUUAUACAUCGUCCGAUUGGCAUGCGCCAGCAUCGUUUUAUGCCGUACUCCCAGCGGCCACAGCAGCAGCACCUUCAGAGUUCGGUCGCGGCGUAUCCCACACUCGCCUAUCCGCACCAUCAUCAUGCGCCCAUUUCGCCUGCUUACUCCGAAUCCUCGUACUACUCGAUGCGCUCCAUGACGCCCGAGUCUAGCUGCUCCUCCGUGCCGGAGGAUCUCUCGCUGAAGCACAAGCCUGUCUCCAAAAUGGUCCUAGACCCCAGUGCUGCCACCACUCCCUGCAGCUCCGGCAGCAAAUCCAGCAGCUCCACAGUGGCUGCUGCUUCCAACGUCGCUGCCGCUUCCAUCGCCAGUGCGGGCAAAAAGGACAAAUCAUCGCCGCCUCGCUACCAAUGCCCCGACUGCCAGAAGUCGUAUUCCACCUUCUCCGGCCUGACCAAACAUCAGCAGUUCCACUGUCCCGCCGCCGAGGGCAAUCAGGUAAAGAAAUCCUUCAGCUGCAAGGACUGCGACAAGACGUACGUCUCGCUGGGCGCCCUGAAGAUGCACAUCCGCACCCAUACGCUGCCGUGCAGGUGCAACAUCUGUGGCAAGGCUUUCUCGCGACCCUGGCUCCUGCAGGGCCACAUUCGCACCCACACGGGCGAGAAACCCUUCAGCUGCCAGCAUUGCCAUCGCGCCUUCGCCGAUCGCUCCAACUUGCGCGCCCAUCUCCAGACCCACUCGGACAUCAAGAAGUAUUCGUGCAGCAACUGCUCCAAGACCUUUUCGCGCAUGUCCCUGCUGACGAAGCACUCGGAGGGUGGCUGCGGCGGUGCAGGUGGUGCGACGAGCGGCUCGCCAAGCGCUGCCGCUGGAGCCACUGAGCUGUCCUAUGGCGGCUAUGCCGAGCCCUAG